AAACACCAAAGAGAACUUUGCAUUGGAAGGAGCCUCAAGAAGUCCUUACUUAACUGACAUGUCUACUGGUGUACAAGCAAGACUAUGGAAUGGAAAAAUGCACUUCAGUUUGAGAAAAUAGACAUUCUUUGCUGAUGGGAGGUGUGAAGAAAAUCCAACUAGUGUCUUUAUUUCUGCUGUUUUUAAAUCUGGGGACAUGCCUGAGUUGUAAACCUAAAUAUUGGUCCCUUACUUCUCAUUAUGAUAAUCAUAUCAACAAUUUGGAAAAUAAUUUUGCUUUGGACUACCCUACAUAUACUGUGUCCAAUCUGCGAAAAGACAGUUGGUGCUCUGAAAUAUGGAUUUUUCAUUUAUCUGAUAAAGAACUGUCGAGAAUAAAAGAAGUAUCUGGAGAAAAUUUAAAAAAAUCCAUUUCUCCCGUUCUUAAGGAGUUUGAAUUCUUAAAUGACUGCUCAUUUACUAUAUCGGAAGACUGCCGAGUACAUAGGAAUACAAACAUGUCGGAAUUUAUAGACACAUUAAGAUCUAUAAACAGAACAGCAUUCAUGAAUAAGAGGGACUAUUCCAACUGCACUGAGAUUCUCUGUGAAAAAGUUCAAGAUGAACCUAAUGGUUUUCCUGACCCAGGCAAGCAAGAGGGACAGCAGACAGAUGUAUGUUGGGGCUGGAUUGCCUUCGGUAUAAUCCUCCUGUUUUUCAUCAUCUUCAUCAUCUUUAUAUAUAAAACAUGUCAAAGACAAGGCAGUUCUGUGCACAGAAAGGAUGACCUCAGUAUGAUGGAAAUGUCUCCUUUCACACCCUAAAAUAACAGUGAUGAGAUUGAUAUAACGUAACCCAAAAUCCUUGAACCUAAAUGGUCACUGGUUGCAAACGUGUUUUCAGAAUUACCAGAUAUUGAUUCAUUGCCAAACAUGAUGUAUUUUCUAAAUACACUCCUGACGCUUUGCCUUAACCUCUGUGCAUGUAACAGCAAGCAUGAUCGGGACGAUUGCUAUAUAUCCAAAGUACUACUACUUAUAUCAGAUUUGCAAAAUAAACUUACAGAGAUAAAUGCUACAUUAUCAGAGUCUAAAAUCCAAAAAAAGGGCAUGAGCUUAAAGGCACUUGGUGGUCUUAAAAGACAUCUGUUAAGCCACCACAAAUAUCUACUGUCAUUGAGACUUUUUACUUUGACUUUAUGUUUUAUAUGGAAAAAAAAAAAAAAAGAUUACACAGUAACGAAUUCCGCAUUCGUAUCUGGAAAGCAGUACCAUGGAAUAUUUGAAUUAUUUUAACGGAGAUCUUUUUAAGAAGACAGAAGUAAUAUUGUUCAGUGAAAAUAACUUUUCGGCUAAAGAAGAUGGGCACAUGCAUCAAGUGUUCUGCUAAAUGAAGGACAAUUAAAGUAUCUGCAUGUACCAUAAUCACUUAACACACAAUGAAGAUGUACUGAAAGAGGACAAUUCUAAUAAAAAACUUUCGAAAGAAAAAAUUGUGUGACUCAAUAAACCAAAAAAGGAAAAUAUUGUAUUGUUUCUGUUAUUAGCAGACAAGAUGACUGACAGCAAGAAGGCCACCAGCGGACUCCAUGUCAUCACUUCAAAAUACUCUUUAUUUAACUUAUAUAUUUUGGAACUGUAAGAAUAAUAUUUAUGAAAUUGUAUUGAAUAGUCAAGUUUAAUUAUUUAGUGCACUGAAUAUAGAGUAGUGAUAGUUUUAACCUUAAUAGCCUAGCAUCAUGGGCAUUGUAGUACUCAUAAACCUCUAGGAUGCCAGUUUUUGCCAUGGAUACUCAUCACCACACUCCAAAAAUACUUAAAUAAUUCCAAUUUUAGUACCACUUCAGUAAAAAAAAAAAAACUUUUUAGUAGAUAUAUCCCCAAAGAAAAUAUGUAUAUAAUUAGUUUAGCUUUGUUUGGGGUAUAUGAUAUCUUGACUUGUAAAUGCUGCAGAGCUAGUAUCUGCAGCCAUUUAAAGCCCUCCCAUUCUUGCCCAUUAGAGACUUUCUGUGGCUGUCCAAUCACAGACUUUCCAAUGCAGCUUAAUGAGAUGUCUUUGCAAGACAUGUGCUCUGGGCAUUUGCUGCCUCUUGAGUUAAGUUCUAGUGAGUUAACCAAACCAGGAAGUAACUUGACAGGUUGUCCGAUCGACAGCCAGUGGAGUAAGAUACGGUUAACUCAUAAAAGAUUUAUAUUGAAAUGACAUUUAAAAAGCAGACACACUCUUCACACACAAGCAUUUCAUCAAGAUAAAGUACGUUAUGUGUUUAGAGUGUCCCCUUAAACACUGCACAAUUCAUGUCUACGUGAUAAUAUUCAGAUCUGCAGAGCUUUAACAGUACCUUGCUGAAUGAGAUUGUUUAUUGUCUGUGUUUGAUAAGCUAACU